GCGAGGGCAGUGGACACCGCCGCCAGUUUCAUUUCGUCGGGAGUUGUUCGUUGCACCGUGCGUUGAGUGGACCGCCAUAGCUGUUGUCCAUGAAGGACAUCCAAUUUUCGUGCGUGGUGGCGGACGGCUCUGAGCCACGUCGUCGAGAACUGUCCCAGCGUGAGAAACGCCUGGUGGUUACAGCGUUGCUCGCCGUGUCGACACAUCUGCAGCACACAGCGGCAUUGCGGCGCAGUUCGGCGAGAAGAGCUGGGGUGAGCGAGGCCAUCGCCACGCACGCCAUGGCGGAUUCGAAUUCGUCUGCCAAGGUUUGGGAUGCGCCGUUCCUUAUGGCGAAUGCCAUUGUGUCGGGUGGCCUUCCUAGGGAGACGCCACAGUGGUGGAUCCGGAGGAGAACCGGCGGAACAUGGCAAGAUCUCAUAAUUGAUGAUGACGCCACAGACGACUAUUUCCAUGAGAAGCUACGAAUGACGAGAGGGGCGUUCUACGGCAUCGUCGCCUCCUGCACUCCUUUUCUUCAACGGUCCCUCACUCAUUACCGCACUCCACUGAUGCCGGAGCAGCUGGUGGUGUUCGCUCUGUACAGGUGGGCGAGCGGUGAGACGUUUGACAGUGCAACGUCGACAUUUGGGAUGGGGCGGUCGAGUGGUAUCAAGGCGAUGUUUCGGUAGUACGGACAUUGUGAAUCUGUGCACAGAUGUCCCCUUGUUUUACAUGCAUAGCACCAAAGGUCUUGCGGGUGACCCACUUGUACU